GUGCCGCUGUUUGGGACUGUGUGCUGGUCGGCGUGAUCGUUGCGCAACUGAUCGAUUUGGCAGCCAUUCCCCUCCUGGCUGGUAUCGACAGUGGCCACUACCUGCCGCUGGCAGUGCUUCUGUACCAUGCAAUCGCCUUCGCUUUUUGUGGCAUCUACGAUUUGCUGAGUCAGCAAGGGAGCGGCCGAGCUCGCACACUGCACCGUGUGUUGGUUUCCAGGCGAGUCUUGCUGGAACUUGCCGGCGGUGCCUCCGGAACCAAGCUCUACUUGGGCCGCAUCUGCUUUAUAGUCAGUGGAGGUGCGAUGUGGCUUGCGCUACGAGUGCUGCUUCUGAUUGGCGAGGAGACUCUGGUACUAACGUGCUUCAUUAUCCUCCUGUUUGUGGCCUACUGUGCGGCUGGAUUGGCAGCGCUGGAACCCCGCCGAAGUCUUCCCGGACAUCUCGUGCAGUGGCUUUGCACUGGAUGGGGUGCUCGAGAGGCUUUGCUUCAGGGUCCUUUGAAGAUCCUCGGUGGUUUACUGAUGCUACCUUUCGCUGCGUCGGUCAUUGCUGCGCAAAUUUGGUUGCGCACCAUCUCCUUCAUCGUCUGGUUGGCAGUCGCGUGCCCGUGCUGCCGUCUGCAGAGAGCGGACAACGUCUUCGAUGCCUUCGAGCGAGAGCUGGCUAUUCCCCUUCUUCAGUGCUCUUUCCUGGCCUUCUCCUGCACAUUAGCAGGAUUGGCCUUGGAGGGGGAGCUCUCCAGCUUUCAGCGCAUGUCUGUGGGGAUUGCAGCGACCUACUACACCAUCAUGCUGUUGAUCUGGACUGCACCAGCAGUUUUACAAGCCAAGGUGGCUGCUGAGGAAGUGUACGACGCUAAUUCUUUGCUCGGAGAAGAAGGUGCUGCGCAGCUUUUGGAGCGAGCAGGAGAUGGAGAGGUGGAGCUUGAGGACCUGCGGAGCACUUGUGAUGAGCUGAAAGCUCUGGUCCAACGUGAACGGCAUGAUCAUGCUGUGGAGGUGGGACAGCUCGUUGCAAAACUUCGAGAUCAAGAGGUCAUUUCGAGAAGUUCUGAGAAGAGCAAGGCACAACUCCUUUCUGAAGUGGAGGAGUGGCGUGAAAGGUGCAGUGAGCUCAAGAAGCAGCUGGCCCUCUCAUCACGUCCUGAUUUACCCAGGAUAAAGUGGCCGAUCCACACAGCUGGUGCGGAUGAUGCAGGAGCUUCCGCUUCUGGAUCGCAGCCAUCGACAACCCCGGAUCAGCAAGAAGCCCUUCACGGAACGCAGAGCCCUGGUGGUGCCUCCGGCGUUGCCCUUGAGCCGGUCUCAAGCAACGACGAAAGUUCGGAAGUCGAGCGCGCGGGUGACUCCCCCUGCAGCCACGAGGGUUCAGAGGACGCUGAGAACGAAGCCAGCGCCGACGGUCCUCCCGCACGAAGGCCAUCAUCAGAUGAUGGCCAGCAGCAGCAUCACAGUGCAUCGCACGAGGUCACUCCGGCACCGUCUGGGGUUUCGCCACACGCGGAGUCUGCUGCUGAAGAUGUCCUCUCAGCCGGUGAGGACACGAGUGGAACAGAUGCAGCUCUGAGCGAUGCGGAUGGUCCCCAUCCAGCGCAUGUGUUGCAAGUAGAGCUUGGGAUUGCAGGUCGCGUGACAGGCAUACAUCCUGCCAAAAUGAAGCAUUUUUCGGAGAUGAUUGCUGUGUUGAUGGCCUUGUUGCCCUGGGGCGCCCUGGGUGAUCAGAGUCGAAGGCUCUCCACCCAUCGCGUGAGCUCACAGGCUUCGUCAUCUGCCGCCAGCGAGUUACAGCAAAUUCUUCAGGAUGGAAAGAUGAGCAUUCCAUUAAGUCUGCAAGCUAUUCAGACGACCCUGGUAAAGAUGGGACAGGAGGCUAGCAACAGCAGUGCCGUGACAACUGCUGAUUUCGCAAAGAGCAUUGAGCCUUUGCUGUAUUCUAUGCAAAACACAAUUCGCAGUCAAAACAACUUGACUCAGCAGACCUUGGACAAUUCCUGGGCAAGCUUCACAGCUUGCAGCUUUGACUUUGGAGGCCCGGCUGGCUUCGAAGAUUUGACAGCGCUCGAAAACUCUCACAAGACGUGCAGAGUCGAUGAGGGCAUUCAGAAAACGGGGCUGGACUCCUGCAGAAUCAUUCAGGGAAACAAGGAGUCUGCGCUUGUCGACGCCAAGAAGGACUUUCAUGGCGAUGAAGCCAGUGGCACCAAGGGGAAGAAUGUUCUUCCCGAAGCCAGUACUUGUGACUUCGAGCAAACAGGUGCAGCUUGGAGCUCCCCCAAGGAGUACUUGGAAUACUUUGAGAACCACUUUGGCACCUUGCUGAGCGACUGGCGAGCCUCCCGUGAUGCUGUAGUCAAAGCGCAAAAUGAGACCAAUACUCAGACAGCCCUUUGUGACUCCAAGGAGGUAAAGUGGAAUGGUCAGAAGACAGAUUGUGCCCAGUUUCAAAAAGCGCUGGAAACCGCAGCAUGUGACAUCUUGACCCACAACACUGCCUGCAGGAGUUAUACGGGUUGCUACAACAGAGAGUGGCAUUCCUAUGGGGAGACCGAGAAGCUUACGAAGACACAGGAGGCCGAGCAAAAGGCUGAAAUGAUGGGGACGCUCAAGAUCCUCUGCAUGAUCCGUGUCUUUGGACAGCCGGACUUGACUGCAAGGAUCAACCGCUGCCUGCAGGCUGACUAUGCAGCUAGUACAGAUGUGACAAACCUGCACAUUACGUACUACCCGAGCUCCAAAACUCCAAUGCCGACUGAUCAAAGAGGUACCUGUGCAGCGGCCAGCAAAGCCUCAAUGAUUCCAGGCACAAAGGCCUUUGAGAACACGCACUAUGGUGGUCUGCCAACGAAUGCAGGCUUUUCAGACUGUUCUGCCUCGUGCUGUGGAUAUUCGGAGCCGACUUGCCAGAAGUAUGGCUGCAGCACCAAGUACGUAAAGACCCAGCUCUGCCAGUGCAAUGCAGAAUGUGAGGUGCACGGAGACUGCUGCUGGGACUACUACGAUAAAUGCAAUGUCGUUUCGAAGGAGUACAACAUCGUGCUCAACGAGGUCGCCUUUAGCGGUGUGGCUGGUACCUGUGAAGGUGCGGACUGGGUGGAGCUCUACAAUGCUGGGCAUGUGAUGAAGGACAUCAAGGGAUGGACAUUGUCAGUGGAGAAACCUGAUCCCCAAAAUCCAGGUUCAACCGUUCAGUACGACGUUGCCUUCGACACUAGUCAAACAAUCGAGCCUGCACGUUCACUAGUGGUUUGUGCGAAGCCCGGAGGGCUGUCUGAUGCCACACUCCCGAACAUUGAAGUUGAGUUCGAGAAGGGCAACAAGAUUACUUGGAGUGACAAGGACGGCAGCGUUAUAUCUGCAACUACGAUCUCGGACACCGCAGCUGACGACAAGACUUGGUCUCGUCUGGCUGACGGUGAAUAUGCAGUGAAAGAUCCAACUCCCGGGUCUAAGAACAAAUAA